AUGUCCCGCAUUGACGACAACAAACGUAUCUUCCUGGAUCUAACCAUACCUGGAACGCAUGAGAGCGGCACAUAUCCUUACGAGGGUUACUUCUUUCACCAGUGCCAGAGUAACGACGUUCUGGCAGAGGUGAGGGCUGGUGUGCGGUUUCUUGACAUUCGCCUGACUUUCUGGAAUCGACAUCUUUACGUCGUGCAUGGCAAUCCGAUAUUCUGGCCGGAGGGCUCGGUAGAGUUCGAAGAUAUCAUGAGACAAGUUGAAUCAUUCUUGUAA